CUCGCAGCGCAGGCGCCCGCUGGCAGUGAAAUGUAACCGGACCUUGAAGCGACAUGAACGGGCCUCAGCUCAGUGAACUCCCGGACGACUCGGAGCAGCUCGGCCCGGUUGUUGACGGCCUGCGGCGGAGAGCCCUGGAGGCCAGCGAACUGUCCGCUGUCCUGACGUUCUCCGACGGCUUUCUCAUCAAGUUUCUGCGGGCCAGAGACUUCGACGUGGACCUCUCUCUGAAGCUCUUACUGAACUACCAGCGGUGGCGGAGGGAAAGUCCCGAGAUCAGCACCUGUCUGUCUCCCUCUUCGGUGCUCGGCCUCCUCAACACGUCGUACCAUGCUGUCCUCCCACAGCGGGACCACACGGGCAGCAGGGUGCUCAUCUACAGGAUAGGGCAGUGGAACCCAAAAGACUGGUCGGCUUUCCAGGUGUUCAGGGUCAGCCUGAUGACAUCAGAGAUCAUCUCCACGGAGACAGAGACACAGAGGCGGGGUCUGAAGGCCAUAUUUGACCUGCAAGGGUGGACUAUAGGCCACGCAAUGCAGAUUAACCCUUCCCUCGCCAGAAAGAUAUCCUCUGUACUUUCGGACUCUUUUCCACUGAAAGUUAGAGGGAUCCAUCUGGUCAAUGAGCCGAUGUUCUUCCGUCCAGUCUUCGCGAUGAUUCGUCCCUUCCUUCCAGAUAAGAUCAAACAGAGGAUCCACAUGCACGGUGCUGAUUUCCACGACUCUUUAAGUGACUUUUUCUCACCGCCUGUCCUGCCUCCAGAAUAUGGAGGAGAGGGGCCUGACAUAGAAAAGGCGUGUCAGGACUGGACCAAUAAGCUGCUUCAAUCAGAGAGGCUCCUGCAUCAGAUUGCCGCCCACCCAACAGGUGACAUCGCCAUUGCUCCUGAUGACUCCUUCAUCUCAGAGGAAGUGGACACUGAACAACGCUCAGAUGGAUGACAAUUACACACGGUUGUUUUGUACUUUGGAUCAACCAAACACACUCUCUGGCGGCCAUUUUGUAGGUUCUUAACUCAGAUGUUGGCUGCAUCAAGAGAGCUAUCUGUGCUGCUUUGAAGCAUUUCAUCACUGGACUUCGUGUCAAGCCCAGAUUAGUCUAGGGUAAUUUAUAGUUAGUCAGAUGCCCCUGCCUUGCAUCGCUCUUGGCUAGUAGAAAACUAUUGUCAGCUCAUUUAUUGUUGGCUAAAAUCAACACCAUUCGUCAUAAUACAUAGUCGUCAUUAUAUAUCACAGCUGGGGAAGUUACUUUGCAAGCUAACAAAACAUCAACUCAUUUUGCUAGCUUAACGUUAGUGAGCAAGCAAGCUAAGAUUAGCCAGCCAGCUGCUGGAAUUUAUGUUUACAUGUUAGCUAAUUGUAUUCCUGGUUACAUUGAUCAUUGAAAUUGAAGAUUUUUGCACCUGCUAACUUAUGUACACAUAUUUGCUUUCUUUCCAAGAGUGACAAUAAUGUCAAUGUCUAUCUCCUGUCUGGACGUGAAGUACUCAGUUUGAGUCCGUACGUAGUUAGCAUAGCUUAGGACAAAGAGUGGAAAUAGGUGGAAACAGCUAGCAUGGCUCUGAAAGUGAAGCUUACUAAAGCGAAAGUUUACAUGUAACAGGUUUUAUCUUGUUUGUUUAGCCUAUACUCAAAAAGAAAUGUAAAAACGUUAAUUUGUGAAUUUAGCAUAAAUUGCGAGACGAGCUGCAUAGAAGUGCUGGGCAGAUUGAUUAAACUGUUACGCGUCAAGAAAUAGUUCUAGCAUGUAACUACAGGUAAAACCACAAAUUGUUUUUGCAUUUCUGUUAAUAUUGGACUUAAACAAACAAGAUACACUGUAAAUAAUACAACUUUUAAGGUGUUUUUUUUCUACUUUGGAAAAAGGCAGGCUAUUUGUUUUCCUCCAUUUUUUACGCUACGCUAGGCUAAAGCCACAUAGUGAUUGCAGUUCCGUAAGCACAGACGUAAGUAUUACCCACAAUUUUGAACUUUUUUAUUAUAAUUAAUACAUUUUUAAUUUACAUAUUGUUAGUUUUCUAUAUCUACUAGCUGAACAGUUUGUUCAGGUCAGUUGAGGAGUAGAGACUGGAUUUGAAGGCAGUUUACUGUGUCACCUCCACUUGGAAACAAACCUACCUUAUUGUGUCUUUUAGGUGUAUGAAUGUCUGUUUUUCAGGGAUAUCUCUAGUGUAGUUGUUUUAUAGUUAGAAAUUGAUAAAACCAGCCAAUUAUCCAGUGGACCUCAGGGAUGGAUUGCCCGGUGGAGAUUUGUGUAUCAGCUGCAGUCUUCGACCAAAGGACUCGAAGCAAACAACCAUGUUACGGUGAAAUCCUGAUAACUCAAUCUAAGAGUCACUGUGAGUUUGAUGCUUUGUAAAAACACCUGGAAGUCAAACAGUUGCCCCACCAGUGAGUGUUCAUUUCACUGAAGACAUCAAGUCACGCUGCAGAUGAGAAGGAAAGCUGCCUUCCUUCCAGCUUAUCACUCCAUCCAGGAAUUCAGACCAAUCCACCUAGUUGUCUAUUUGUCCAUGGUUGAUCCUUUGAACUUUGGUCUUCAUUUAAGUAAUUGACAAGUUAUCCUUUUUUUGUUUUUUUGUAUGUUUUUUACAUGAAACCUUUAACUAUGUUUGGACCAAUAGUAUUUCCAAUAUACACAGGUAUUUUAAAAAUGUGAAUUUGCUGUACACACUGAGUUUAUAAUUAUUUUUAUUAAUUGUUGUAAUACCUAUAAUAGGUUCACAAUUUGAGUUUGCCCCUUUGUCCCUUUAAAAAGGGAAAUGAAUGUAUUUCUGUGGUGCCUUAGCACAUGAAAAUGAUAUUGAUUUUAAAGUUACAUAAAGGAUGUUCUCAUGUGGUUAUUAGACCUAUACAAUAUGAUUGAUUAUUUUUCCUAAUUAGAAAUCUACAUCUUAUUAAUGCAAACUUUUUUGUAUUUAUUAGAAGGAUAAUAUUUAUACAAUUAUUCAUCCGUCCAUAUUCUUGUAUGAGUAAACAUGCAACAUUUGUGCACAUUAAUGGGUCAAUAAAAUGAAAGGCUCAAAAUGGUGUCAAUAAGUAGUGUGUAGGAACAUCUCUUGUAGACAGGCUCCAGUUCCUUUUCAUUUCUGUUUUACGCGAAGCACCCAGUACAUAUACCCCUUUUCCACCAAGGCAGUUUAAGGGCUGCUUCAGAGCCAGUGCCUAAUCUCGAACCAGUUCUUGACUUUUGGCCAGGAAAACUGCUUUCAGCAUGGCAAAGGUUUGCUGGUAGUAAGAACCGCUUACACCAGGGUCUGGGGGUACCUUGGGGCUGCCAGCUAUGUAUUUAUUUGAUGUUUAUUUGCAUCUACUAUCACAUCAAUGUUAGAAAUGUAACAUAUAUACAAAUGUAUAUUGUUAGCUGACUAACAGCUAGCUUGCGAGCUAGCCUAACCUUGGUAACAAGAGCUAAUGUCUGAGAUGUAUUACGGUGACGUAAUGACGUGACUCUGUGGAUUGGGCUAGUGCCGGUUCAGAAUUUGUUCAAUUUCAGAACCUUCUAAGAACCAGUUUGCUUUUCCAUGACCAACAGAGCAGAGCCGUGUCAUUAUGUCACUGUAUACUUAUCCAACAUUAGCCAGUUACCAAGGUUAUGCUAGCUGCCAAGCUAGCUGUUGUUCAACUAACAUUACCCAAGCAUCAAAUCAUUAAUUUCUCACAUCAAUGUUGGAGGUAACAUUACUGGCUAGGCACAAGGCCCUUGCAGCCCUUGUCAUAAGCAGUUAUUGGUUCUAGACCAGCGAAGUGUUGGCUGGAACCAGCCGCGAAGAACUGAUAUAUGAAAAUUAAGGCACUGGCUCCGAACCAGCCCUCAAACUGCCUUGGUGGUAAAGAGGUAUGGGUGAACCGACUGAAUCAGCACUAGCACCAAAACGAAAAAGUUAAAAGAGGCUAAAAAGCUCUUUCAGAAGUUGGGUGAUUAUUCUUUGUUGGUUUGUCAGUAUGAUAGACACCUAUUACAUUAAGCAGUAUUGGAAAGUAACUUAAGUAUUGUAUUGACCAACUACUUGUACUUUACUUGAGUAUACUUUAUACGUAUACUCUGCUACUUUUCAGUGCAGUUAGGGGUUAAUUUGCAUAUUAAUAUUUUGUUCAGAAAAUUAAAACAACAAAAUUUGAAGUGGGUAGAAGCUAGCUGUAACAUUAAAAUGCAGCUUCAUGUUAGUGAAUUGAUAAUUAACCAACAGUACAAUAUAUAAACACUGACAGAGCCUUUACUAAACUUUUACUUUUACUUUUAUACUAAAUGUUUCGAAUAAUACUUUCAUACUUUUAUUCAAAUAAGAGUUUGAAUGCUGGGUAUUCACUUGUAACAGAGUGUUUUAACAAUGUUUUAUUGUACUUAAAAACAUUUUUUUAAUGCAUCUUCUACCAGCUAUAUACCAGCUUUAUUAAAA